AUGGACUCUGUCCGCAAGCCCUGCGGCAACAAUGCAACAGUUGAGUUCGUGCAGGUGUCCAACUCCAGCAACUGGUUUGCCAGGCCCUCAAAGGCUACUAAGCUCAAGGCCGGUCAGACCCUGGCCGACUGCAAGGCCUCAUGCCUUGCCCUCAUCAAUGGGGGCAAGAAGAACUGUGCCGCAUUCAGCCUCAGGGUUGUCACGUCGCGCGCCGCCAACACCCUUUACUGUGACAUCUACAAUGACUGGGUGCCUGAGCGCGUCUGCAAUGUCGGCGAUGUCAAAUUCAACUGCAAGAGGGGCUCCCAGGGCUCCUUCAGGGUGCGCUGGGUCUACACCUGA